AGAACAGUUCUGACCCAUGACAACAAGCGCGCUUUUGACACCAUCCAGACAUUAAAAAGGGAACACUCACCUUCCUUCGUGUUUGCAGCCAUGACCAAUUCAUGUGGGAGCUCAAGAAGACCUAGACCCAGCAGGUCUCUGGCCAGGCUUGCAGCAUGCCUGCUGAUGGUGUGGUUGGCAUGGCCUUGCGAAAGAGUCCAUCUCGCCUUCAUCGAGGGCCUAGGCCUAGGCCAAGUCGAGUCACGCAACGGUCGUGGCUGGCAGACAGCGACGAAGGUCCGUGAGCGCUUGGGCAGUUUGUCUCGGAAGACCAGCAAUUCGAAGACAGGUGAUUCAAAGGGCCAGGUCAAAGCUUUAACCACCAGAAUCAAGGAAGCUCGCUCGGCCAUUGAGUUGAUGGGCAUUCUGGAUGAGACCGUGGAUGCCCCAUAUUUUGAUUACAUUCAUGCAGCAGCAGUGUACCACACCUUGGCUACAUUUCGGAGGAUGAAGGGCUCGCUGCCAUCAGGUUGUGCAGAAAGUACUGCUUUGCUUAAGCUGAACGCUCUGCUUCAGGACUUCAUCAAGCGAAGCAAGGUCGGGCCACGAGAGCUUGGCAACGUCUUCUGGGCCGUGGCCGUUUUGUUUGAUGCAGUCCCAGUGGUGACACAGCUCAGUCCAGACAUAGCCAGAGGACUUUCCUUACAGACCCACAGCAUGGAUCCCCAAGCGUUAUCUAACUGUCUUUGGGCAGCUGCGCACUUGAAGGAUGCUGUGCCUGAUGACGUAUUGAAUAUCAUACCAGCCCUCGCAAUACAAAUCCCAGAAAAGGUGGAUGAUAUGAUCCCCCAAGCUUUGUCCAACUGCCUGUGGGCAUCGGCUCAGUUGAAGGAUGUGGCACCUGAUGAUGUAAUGAGGAUCGUGCCAGCACUUGCUGUUCAAAUCCCGGGCAAAGUGGAUGACAUGAUUCCCCAGCACUUGUCCAACUGCUUGUGGGCAUCAGCUCACUUGAAGGAAGUGGUACCUGAUGUAGUGAAGAUCCUCCCAGCACUCAGUGCCAAGCUGCCAGGCAAAGCUGAUGCUAUGAAUCCACAUGAACUUGCCAACAGCGUGCACGGACUUGUGGUCCUUCAGGAUUCUGUUCCGGAGGCGCGGGAAUUGCUUCAAACAACCUCUCAGACCAAUUUCUUGAAAGCAGCUGCCUCAAAAGUCAGUGACUUGCUUCCAAAUUUGAGUGGAAACGACCUGCAUUUGGCAGUGCCUCUGACCGUUUGGGCUUGCGGAAGGACCGGGCUAGACUUCCAGCCACUUCUGACUGCGGUGGCCCGACGCUUUGGAAAAACAACGCUUUCAACUCUCAGUGACUGGGGCCUUUGCGCCUUGACCUGGUCCUACCAGAAGCUGGACCUGACUAUGCAAUUUCGAGACUUUCAGAAGGCCCUGAGAGCGGAAGUUGCGAAGAGGGGGCUGUCCGAAUCGGAUGUGGAGGGUAGUCAGACAAGCUACCUUGAGAAGACUGGACAGACCGAAAAGCAGACAGGCUGAAGCUAGGGAGCAGGCCUGGCCAUGUUGGCAAUCUGCACAAUCCUAUGAGCCUAUGAGGCUGCCUGUGGCGCUUGUCCAGGUUUUAGAGGCUUGUUGAGCCGCGGGUUUCUGGCAUGUUUCAAGGACCAUCCUUGCACCAUCUUGUGCAGAGUGCUGGGUCUUCAAAGUGCACCACCUGGAUCCGAGUGCAGGAGCCCUUGUUGCUGCUGCUGCUGCCCGCUUGAGGCGAUAGAUCAGAGAAAAUGGAUGAACAUAGCAUCGAGGGAACUGAGCGGCUGUUACAUUACACUACACAUAGCAUUGUAUAGUACAUCUUUGGGAAGGGGGCACGCGGGUCGCCCACGGUCCAUCCAUUGAGACCCUCAGUAUGGUGACCGGGGAGUGCUUUUUGUUUCAUGCUUUGUCUAUCUUUGUCUCUGAAGCAUGGGUCCAUCGCCAGGGUGAGGCGGUGCAAAAGGCGGGGAGCCCGACAUGGAACCGUGAAGCGCACAGGAAGCGUUGUUUGCUCACUCCCUCCUGCUAUGUUGAUGAUUAUUCUUUUGUAUUUGUGGCUCCUAGCUGGCCCCAUAGCAAUUGCAAAUAGAUGGGUGCCGCGUGGCAUGUUUCCUCAAUCUUAAUCUUGCGUCAGCACUUUUCAUCAGAACUGUCCAGAACCAGACGCUCAGGCCUAGCAAGACCAGAAAGUGCAAAGGAAGACCUCAGCUCGCUAUACAGCUACCACGUUCCAGUCAUGCCCAAUUCCGUUGCGCUGCCAAGAGGAAUAGUCACCGCCUGCAGGGCAAGAGCUGCAAGAUGCCUGU